AGUCGCCUCCAGGAGGGCGGAGGAGUCGCUUUGCGCGCCGAUUCGGGCAAGAUGGCGGCCGGGCCGAUCUCGGAGAGGAACCAGGAUGCCACGGUGUACGUGGGAGGUCUGGACGAGAAGGUCAGCGAGCCCCUCCUGUGGGAACUCUUCCUCCAGGCGGGCCCCGUCGUCAACACACACAUGCCCAAGGACAGAGUGACGGGCCAGCAUCAAGGCUAUGGAUUCGUGGAAUUCCUCAGCGAGGAGGACGCCGACUACGCCAUCAAAAUCAUGAACAUGAUCAAGCUCUACGGGAAGCCCAUCCGGGUCAACAAGGCCUCGGCCCACAACAAGAACCUGGAUGUGGGAGCCAACAUCUUCAUCGGCAACCUGGACCCGGAGAUCGAUGAGAAGCUGCUCUAUGACACGUUCAGCGCCUUCGGGGUCAUCCUUCAGACGCCCAAGAUCAUGCGCGACCCGGACACGGGCAACUCCAAGGGCUACGCCUUCAUCAACUUUGCCAGCUUCGACGCCUCCGACGCAGCCAUCGAGGCCAUGAACGGACAGUACCUGUGCAACCGCCCCAUCACCGUCUCCUAUGCCUUCAAGAAGGAUUCCAAAGGCGAGAGGCACGGCUCGGCAGCUGAACGCCUGCUGGCUGCUCAGAACCCCCUGUCGCAAGCGGACCGGCCUCACCAGCUGUUUGCGGAUGCCCCUCCCCCGCCGUCAGUGCCCACCCCGGUCGUUACGACGUUGGGACCAGGGGUCACCCCACCAGGCAUCCCACCCCCAGGAUCGUUCCCUCCGCCAGUGCCGCCUCCAGGAGCCAUGCCGCCAGACACAGCUAUGCCGCCUCCACCCAUGCCCCCGGGCGCCGGAGCCCCUGGGCCCCCUUCCGGAGGUGCUCCGGCUGGGGCGCACCCUCCUCACCCACAUCCCUUCCCUCCCGGCGGGAUGCAUCCAGCUCCGGGCAUGCCCCACCCUGGCCCACCCCCGAUGGGCAUGCCACCCCGGGGGCCUCACUUUGGAUCUCCAAUGGGUCACCCCGGGCCCAUGCCUCCUCACGGGAUGCGCGGACCGCCUCCCUUGAUGCCUCCCCACGGGUACAACGGACCCCCUCGCCCUCCUCCCUACGGCUACCAGCGGAUCCCUCUGCCCCCUCGUCCUGCCCAAAGGCCCAUGGUGCCUCCGCGAGGGCCCAUGCGGGGACCACUACCCCCCUAAACCAAAGGACAGCACGGGCCAGCAUCAAGAAGUACCCAGUGAUAGCAGAUAUUCCUCCAGUCUCUACUUUUUUUUGUUUCUCUUUGGACCAACAUUCGUCCCAACCGGAGCGCCGCUUCCCGUUGCACCGUCCGAUAUGUGAACCGUUCUGCCAUCCGGCUUGGCAGCGCAUAUUAAGGUUUUGUUCAUCCUGGUUUUUUAUUAGCUCCCUUGUCGCUGAGAAGACGGAGCAGGGUUUUUAUGUUCUUUUUAUUGUUAGUACUCUUUGUGAAACUCCCGCGUAGAAGUGCCGUUUGCAAAUAAAAGUUUAGGAAGGUACUCCUUGGAUGGGAUUUUUUUUUUUUUAAAGGAAUACGUUGGUUUUGAGACUCCAGCUCAGGGUUCCUUCCGUUGCUGCGGCCACUCGUGAUUCUCCUUACGGAUGUGCAGGGCUCCCUCACUGCUCCAAGAGCAGCAUAGGACAUUUCCAGGGCUGUGGGGAAUUCCCUAGGUGUGACCUGCAGGCGCAGUAUUGUGUGCUGAAUGUAGAUGUUGGCAUAAGAAUAUUACCAUUAAUCAC